UGUAAAACAACAGCCAACUAUGCGACACUCCUUUACCUGUUCCCUCUCUUCCACGUCGCAUCCAACUUCUGCCGUGGCCGAUUAAGCUGGCACAUCCGCAAUGGAUCGAAAGCGCGUGUUCAUCUUCUGUGGCCUCGUACUCAGUUGCUGGUACCUCACAGCUUCCGUCGGUACCUCCUUCGCGCUCGAGCGACCCGUCCACACAGCUGGCUUAACGUUCCUCGUAUCCGGCUUCGCGAUCGUAGCUUUCGGCAUCAUCAGCGCACGGAGCAAGAAUUCGUCGCACCAUACAGGCCAUUAUGAAGUAGUGCCAGCUCAUUACGAAGAGGCCAAUGGUCUCGAGAAGACAGCGCAUGGCGCCUCGACAGACCGGAACCGUCUGGACAUGACGACGCGUGUGCUGCUUGCAAUCGCGCUUUCAUUUAUCGCAUGCGCGCGAGUAGCUGUGACAUGGCGGAUACUGAAAGAUAUCGAAUGCGCCCGGCCUUCAUACCUACCAUUGUUGCCUCUCCUUUUCGCUAUUUACAUUGGGAGUCGCGACCUCAAAACAUGCGCAUCCAAGAUCUUGCGACAACCCCGUUCGCUCGGGGAAGUCGUGACACAAAUUAUUCAUGGGAGCUCUACGCGCUUUGUGCUUCCAGCUAUUUUGGUGUGGAUUGUAAUGCGAUCCGAGUUGAAAGCGACCGAAUGGCCCUCAACAGCAGUUUGCACAAUCUCGAAUGGGGCAAUUGCAUUGAUACCGAGACUACAACUCGCUGGACUGCUGCUUGAUUGUGCAGCUCUUAUAGUGGUUUAUAACCUCUUCAGCGAGCGCGGAUCGAACAACAAUGACUGUGCCCCCUCAACGACGAGUACCGCCAAGAGUGCUGUCCUCGUCGGCUUGGUGCUUAUUUUUGCGUCCCUCCUACUUGCUUUUAUAGGUCUAAUUCUCUUCCUUCGACAACCCGAACAUCGACAAUGGUUCCUUACGACCCCUGUACACUAUUUUCACGAUACCCUUGUUUUGUGCUUCGCGAUACCCUUCAUGAUCCUGUGUUUUCUUUUCACCUCACGCGAAUACGGCUUUAUCGCAACCUUCUUCAUUGUGACCUUCACCUUUGCAUAUGUCCAGAUCCUGAGUCUACUUUCUAUGAACACUUCAUAUGGAUUUCCACCGAAAUCCGUCUUCUCUUUCGUUUUCCACUUUCUAUUGGUCACGCUGGCCGUAUUUCUUUACGUGACCUCCGACUCCGGAAUGGAAUUCAACUUCAAACCAAAGAUAUCCAUGCGGACUGGACGAUACCAGAUUCUCCUACUCCUCUCUGCGUUGUCCCUGAUGACAAUAGCCAUGUUCAACAUUCGGUCAAAUACUCCCACCGGUAGCGCCUGGGAGCAUCCCAUUACCGAACUUAUCGUCAAAGCCAAGAAUCAGCACAGUUCCUGGGCCUACCAGGCGCACCAAAGCGAUUCACUCAAGUCGGCGGAAAAGAACUACAGGAUUCGAUAUGGCCGAGAACCUCCGCCUGGAUUUGACCAGUGGUACGGAUUUGCAGUCCAGAAAGGCUCGAUCGUCAUCGACGACUUUGACAAUAUCCAGGAGGACCUCGCACCAUUUUCUGCUUUGAGCCCAGCUGAGCUUCGGCAAAGGACGACCGAUAUCAUCAAUAACAAUCAAAACCUUGCGGGAAUCCGGGUGAAGGGCGGCAAGGCUGAGGCGUUUGGGGAAUUUCCUGGCACGCAUGGCUGGAUGGCUGAUGGUGUCAUAAAGAUGAUGGAGCCUUUUGUCGCACAACUUCCAGAUAUGGAGUUGGCUAUGAAUCUCAAUGACGAGUCUCGGGUCGUCGUGCCGUAUAGAAUAUUGCAAAAAGCGCGACCCCAAUGGGAGAAGUAUGAUGGUUUCGAUGACUUCGGCCGGCAGAAGCCCAACCCUGACAUAUCCGAGCCACACGACAGAUUCACUUACUAUCCCGGCUACAAUCCGACAUUCCACUCCCACGGCUCCAUUUCCUGUCCACCGGGCUCUCCUGCUCUUACCAAGUCAUACUGGCACAAACAGGAACUUUGUACAUCCUGUGCCGCUCCACAUUCAGCAGGGCUAUUUGUGUCCAACUGGUCUUUGUCCGCAAAUCCAUGCCACCAGCCGGAUCUCGCUGACCUUCAUGGACUCCACAUUAGUCCUUCCGCCAUGGUCGGCACCCACGCACUGAUCCCCAUCUUCAGCCAAAGCAAAGCAACGGGCUAUGCUGAUGUUCGAAUCCCCUCUCCUUGGAACUACCUUGACAAGACGCAAUACACUACCAGCGCCGAGUUUCCAGAUCCAGUCUUCUCUCAGAAAGAAAACAUCUUGUUCUGGCGGGGCACCACGACCGAAGGAGUCAGCACAGGUUGGGGUGGAUGGAAAGGCAUGCUUCGUCAACGUCUCGUCCAUCUUGCCAACAACUCCACCGAUCCCGCCACGCCGAACCACCUCAUAUCACUCCCACUGGGCCGUAACACACCCAAGUUUUCCACAGUCACCCGCCAUCCUUCCACCAUCCUCGAAAAGCUCGCCACGAAACUUGACAUUGCCUUCGUGGCCCCAAUCACCCACUGCGGCGGCAACGACUGCGACAUCCAAACAGCCGAAUUCUCGCCCCUCCCGCCCGAGCAAAGCGUCCCCUUCGAACAGCACUGGCGCUACCGAUACCUCUUCGACGCCGACGGCGCCGGCUUCUCAGGCCGCUUCAUCCCCUUCCUGCACUCCAACUCCGCCGUCCUCAAGACCGCCCUCUUCCGCCAGUGGUACGAAGGCCGCGUAACCGCCUGGCACCACUUCAUCCCCAUUGACCUGCGCCUACACGACCUCUUCAGCGUCCUCGCCUACUUCGGCGGCUGGCGCAACGACGUCGGCAAAUACUUCGGCGGCAAAGUCUGGGAGGGCCGCGAGCGCGAGGCCCAGGACAUCGCCCGCCAGGGCCGCGAGUGGGCAGCCAAAGUCCUCAGGAAAGAGGACAUGGAAGUGUAUCUCUUCCGUCUGCUGCUCGAGUGGGGGAGGCUCGUGAGCGACGACCGCAUGGUGGGGGACGCGGAUCGCGGCGGUCGCACGCCUUCGUCCUCGAAGCCGGAGGAUACGUACGGGUUGGGCAACGCGAAUUAUGAUCCGGGGAAUGCGACGGCGAGGAUUCACGAGGGGGGGAAGGGAGGGGGGAGAGGGGGCAGUUGGAAGGAUUAUCUUUGGGAUUGA